AUGCGUCUCAAAGCCUGUGAGAUGGAGCGUGAACUUUACCAGGAGAAGAGGGAGAAGGAGGCUAUGAGAAGAACCAGUGAAUCUCUCCAACACCAAAUUCAGGACCUUCAGGAAAUGCUCCAGAUAGAAUGGGACGAAAAGGAAGAGAUGCGUCUCAAAGCCUGUGAGAUGGAGGGUAAACUUUCCCAGGAGACGGAGGCUUUGAGAAAUAACAAUGAAUCUCUCCAACACCAAAUUCAGGACCUUCAGGAAAUGCUCUGGAUAGAAAAACAGCAGAAGGAAGAUAUGCGUCUCAAAGCCUGUGAGAUGGAGCGUGAACUUUACCAGGAGAAGAGGGAGAAGGAGGCUAUGAGAAAUAACAAUGAAUCUCUCCAAUACCAAAUUCAGGACAUUCAGGAAAUGCUCCGUAUUGAAAGGAACGAGAACGAAAAGAUGCAUCUCACAGCUGUUGGAAAAGAGAAAGCACUUAUCCAAGAGCUGGAUGAAAUGAAAGAGAUGACCUCUGUCCAUGAUAUCCAGCUUCAGAAAAUGCUCCAGAUAGAAUGGGACAAGAAGGAAGAGAUGCGUCUCAAAGCCUGUGAGAUGGAGGGUAAACUUUCCCAGGAGACGGAGGCUUUGAGAAAUAACAAUGAAUCUCUCCAACACCAAAUUCAGGACCUUCAGGAAAUGCUCCGGAUAGAAAAACAGCAGAAGGAAGAUAUGCGUCUCAAAGCCUGUGAGAUGGAGCGUGAACUUUACCAGGAGAAGAGGGAGAAGGAGGCUAUGAGAAAUAACAAUGAAUCUCUCCAAUACCAAAUUCAGGACAUUCAGGAAAUGCUCCGUAUUGAAAGGAACGAGAACGAAAAGAUGCAUCUCACAGCUGUUGGAAAAGAGAAAGCACUUAUCCAAGAGCUGGAUGAAAUGAAAGAGAUGACCUCUGUCCAUGAUAUCCAGCUUCAGAAAAUGCUCCAGAUAGAAUGGGACAAGAAGGAAGAGAUGCGACUCAAAGCCUGUGAGAUGGAGAGUACACUUUCCCAGGAGACGGAGGCUUUGAGAAAUAACAAUGAAUCUCUCCAACACCAAAUUCAGGACCUUCAGGAAAUGCUCCGGAUAGAAAAACAGCAGAAGGAAGAUAUGCGUCUCAAAGCCUGUGAGAUGGAGCGUGAACUUUACCAGGAGAAGAGGGAGAAGGAGGCUAUGAGAAAUAACAAUGAAUCUCUCCAAUACCAAAUUCAGGACAUUCAGGAAAUGCUCCGUAUUGAAAGGAACGAGAACGAAAAGAUGCAUCUCACAGCUGUUGGAAAAGAGAAAGCACUUCUCCAAGAGCUGGAUGAAAUGAAAGAGAUGACCUCUGUCCAUGAUAUCCAGUUUCAGGAAAUGCUCCAGAAAGAAAAGGACCAGAAGGAAGAGAUGCAUCUCAAAGCCUGUGAGAUGAAGAGUGCACUUUCCCAGGAGAUGGACGCUAUGCAACAAAACAAUGAAUCUCUCCAACACCAAAUUCAGGACCUCCAGGAAAUGCUCCGGAUAGAAAAACAGCAGAAGGAAGAUAUGCGUCUCAAAGCCUGUGAGAUGGAGCGUGAACUUUACCAGGAGAAGAGGGAGAAGGAGGCUAUGAGAAAUAACAAUGAAUCUCUCCAAUACCAAAUUCAGGACAUUCAGGAAAUGCUCCGUAUUGAAAGGAACGAGAACGAAAAGAUGCAUCUCACAGCUGUUGGAAAAGAGAAAGCACUUAUCCAAGAGCUGGAUGAAAUGAAAGAGAUGACCUCUGUCCAUGAUAUCCAGCUUCAGGAAAUGCUCCAGAUAGAAUGGGACAAGAAGGAAGAGAUGCGUCUCAAAGCCUGUGAGAUGGAGAGUACACUUUCCCAGGAGAAGGAGGCUAUGAGAAGAACCAGUGAAUCUCUCCAACACCAAAUUCAGGACCUUCAGGAAAUGCUCCAGCUCGAAAGGAACAAGAAUGAAGAGAUGCAUCUCACAGCUGUUGGAAAAGAGAAAGCACUUCUCCAAGAGCUGGAUGAAAUGAAAGAGAUGACCUCUGUCCAUGAUAUCCAGUUUCAGGAAAUGCUCCAGAAAGAAAAGGACCAGAAGGAAGAGAUGCAUCUCAAAGCCUGUGAGAUGAAGAGUGCACUUUCCCAGGAGAUGGACGCUAUGCAACAAAACAAUGAAUCUCUCCAACACCAAAUUCAGGACCUUCAGGAAAUGCUCCGGAUAGAAAAACAGCAGAAGGAAGAUAUGCGUCUCAAAGCCUGUGAGAUGGAGCGUGAACUUUACCAGGAGAAGAGGGAGAAGGAGGCUAUGAGAAAUAACAAUGAAUCUCUCCAAUACCAAAUUCAGGACAUUCAGGAAAUGCUCCGUAUUGAAAGGAACGAGAACGAAAAGAUGCAUCUCACAGCUGUUGGAAAAGAGAAAGCACUUAUCCAAGAGCUGGAUGAAAUGAAAGAGAUGACCUCUGUCCAUGAUAUCCAGCUUCAGGAAAUGCUCCAGAUAGAAUGGGACAAGAAGGAAGAGAUGCGUCUCAAAGCCUGUGAGAUGGAGAGUACACUUUCCCAGGAGAAGGAGGCUAUGAGAAGAACCAGUGAAUCUCUCCAACACCAAAUUCAGGACCUUCAGGAAAUGCUCCAGCUAGAAAGGAACAAGAAUGAAGAGAUGCAUCUCACAGCUGUUGGAAAAGAGAAAGCACUUCUCCAAGAGCUGGAUGAAAUGAAAGAGAUGACCUCUGUCCAUGAUAUCCAGUUUCAGGAAAUGCUCCAGAAAGAAAAGGACCAGAAGGAAGAGAUGCAUCUCAAAGCCUGUGAGAUGAAGAGUGCACUUUCCCAGGAGAUGGACGCUAUGCAACAAAACAAUGAAUCUCUCCAACACCAAAUUCAGGACCUUCAGGAAAUGCUCCAAAUAGAAAAACACCAGAAGGAAGAGAUGUGCCUCAAAGCCUGUGAGAUGGAGAGUGCACUUUCCCAGGAGAAGGAGAAGAAGGAGGCUAUGAGAAAAAGCAAUGAAUCUCUGCAACACCAAAUUCAGGACCUUCAGGAUAUACUCCGGAUAGUAAAACACCAGAAAGAAGAGAUGCGUCUCAAAGCCUGUGAGAUGGAGAGUGCACUCUCCCAGGAGAAGGAGGAGAAGGAGGCUAUGGCACAAACCAAUGAAGCCCUCAAACUAAAGCUUCAGGAGCUUAAACAAAUACUGAAAGACGUAAAUGAAGACAUACGUCAAAUCAACGAGGCAGAUGUAAAUGAUGGGCUGAUGGUUUGGGUCAUGGACUCGCUGGGAUGGGGAUCACAUAGGCCCCCCUUAAGGCAGCGCGGUUCUCAGCAGUAA